AUGGCUCAUGACAAUAAUGUUACCGAUCUUGAUGUGGACGAUGAAGGUAUAGCAGAUAUGCAUAGCAUUGUUCCAUCGACUAUCAGUCUUCGCAAGUCACUUCUUGAAUAUCGUAUUGAGAAUGGUAGGACGUACCAUCGAUACAAAGAUGGCAAAUACAACCUACCAAAUGACGACAAAGAACUAGAUAGACUUGAUCUACAGCACCACUUAUGGCUUCUUGCUUUGGACGACAGACUUGGCAUGGCUCCACCCUGUAUGGAGGGCGCACAAGUUGGUCGAGUGCUUGAUGUCGGGACUGGGUCCGGCAUCUGGGUCCUCGACUUUGGCGAUGAGCACCCUGAGUCUGAGGUGUAUGGUAUUGACCUAUCGCCCACCCUCCCCAUAUAUGUGCCCCCGAAUGUCAAGUUUGAAGUCGACGAUGCUGAGGAAGAAUGGACUUGGUCGCGGCCCUUUUCCUACAUUCACAGCCGAGUAAUGACCUCCAGUAUUGGCGACUGGAGGCUGUAUCUGCGCCGUUGUUUCGAUCAUCUUGAAUCAGGGGGAUGGAUCGAGCUACAGGAGUUUGAUCUCUUUCCGCGAUCAGACGAUGGAACUCUCAAGCCAGAGCAUCCCUUGAUUAGGUGGUGCAGUCUCCUCCUCGAGGCAUCAGAGAAAUUCGGUCGCCCCUACGUCAGUAUACCGCCGUUGAAGGACCUCCUCAUGGAGGUUGGCUUCGUGGACGUGUCAUUGAGUCUGUGCAAAUGGCCUACCAAUACCUGGCCGAAAGAGCCCAAAUAUAAAGAAAUUGGUACCUGGCACGGAGAGAACGUCUCCGACGGCCUCGAGGGUUUCACUAUGGCGGCUUUGACGCGUGCACUGGAUUGGACGCCCGACGAAGUUGAGGAACUACUCGUCGAGGUACGGGGCAAUAUCAAGGAUAGGAGCAUCCAUGCAUGGUGGCCAGCAUAUUGCAUCGUCGGACGCAAGCCAUAG